GAGAGAGAGAGAGAGAGAGAGAGAGAGAUGAAGUCAGACGCAGUGCAGACUCCCCAUGCAGUAUGCAUCCCCUUCCCAGCACAAGGCCACAUAAACCCCAUGCUUAAAUUAGCCAAACUCCUCCACUCCUACAACUUCCACAUAACCUUUGUCCUCACCGAUUACAACUACACGCGCCUGGCUCGAUCACAGGGCCGAGACUCCUUCGACUUCCUCCCCGAUUUCCGCUUCGAAUCCAUCCCCGACGGUCUCCCCAUCUCGUCCGACGACGACGAUGAUUCCACGCAGGACAUCCCCUCUCUCUGCGACUCCACUGCUAAGAACUGCUUGGCUCCCUUCCGGCGCCUUAUCUCUAAACUCAAUGAUGACGACGGAGCUCCCGCCGUAUCUUGUAUUGUGUCUGAUGGCGCCAUGAGCUUCACCAUCGACGCCGCGAAUGAGCUCGGCGUACCGAACGUGUUCUUGUGGACGUCGAGUGCUAGUGGCUAUCUCGCCUUUCAGCACUAUCGUCAUCUGGUUGAACGUGGCAUCAUUCCUCUCAAAGAUUUGUCCGAUCUCACAAACGGCUACUUGGACCUUGAGAUAGAUUGGAUUCCCGGACUGAUGAAAGGGAUGAAGCUGAAAGAUUUUCCGAGCCUGAUACGCACGACGGACGCCGACGACGUCCUGUUGAACUACCUGAUCAGCGAGAUGGACAGAGCCGCCAUGGCCACCGCCAUCGUCUUCAACACCUUCGAUGAUCUCGAGCAACCCUCCCUCGCUGCGCUGCGGAAGUUCUUACCUCCCAUUUACGCCGUCGGCCCGUUCUCCAUCCUCUCCGACAGGUUGGUCCCCGCCGACAGCCCGCUUGCCGCUGUCAGCACCAGUCUGUGGAAGAGCGACGCCUCUUGUCUGCAAUGGCUCCGUGGCAAGAAGCCGAAUUCGGUGGUGUUCGUGAGCUUUGGAAGCAUAACGGUGGUGACAGCAGAGGAGCUGAGGGAGUUUGCAUGGGGGCUGGGGAACAGUGGGUAUGACUUUGUUUGGGUGAUUAGACCUGAUUUCAUUAAAGGAGAAGCCAUUGUUCUGCCGCCAGAGUUCAUUGAGGAAACGAAGGAGAGGGGAAUGAUGGUAAGCUGGUGCGCGCAGGAGGAGAUUCUCAGACAGCCAUCGAUAGGAGUCUUUCUGACUCAUUGUGGAUGGAACUCCAUGACAGAAAGCUUGUGCGGUGGCGUUCCAAUGAUCUGUUGGCCAUUUUUCUCAGAGCAGUUGACGAAUUGUAGGUAUGCGUGUGAUGAGUGGGGGGUGGGGAUUGAGUUGGGUGGGGAGGUGAAGAGGGAGGUGGUGGAGGGAGUGAUAAGGGAGAUGAUGGGGGGUGAGAGAGGGAGGGAGAUGAAGAGGAGAGCUGAGGAGUGGAAGGAGAAGGCGAUUAGGGCUACUGAGCCAGGGGGAAGGUCAGCUGUCAACUUGGACAAGGUGGUUGAUGAGAUUCUUGUGAGGAAGAAUUAAGAGGUAGUUGACUUGAAGAAGAAGUUGAUGAUGGAGUGAAGAAGUGGUAGGUUGAGAUGCUCAUUCGAG